CUUAUUCUUCCAAGUCUGAGAACCAAUCAACUCACAACCAAAACAUAGAAACGGAAAUUACAGACUCAACUUUUUUGUUCAUUCAUUAACUCGGUUCAUAUUGAAAAUGUCUUGGCAAUCUUACAUUGACGAUCAGUUGAUGUAUGAGGUUGAUGGCCAACAUCUCAAAGCCGCUGCUAUAAUCGGUAACGACGGUUCUGUUUGGGCUCAGAGCUCCGGUUUCCCUCAGUACAAGCCAGAAGAGAUUUCUGCCAUUAUGAAGGAUUUUGAUGAGCCUGGAUCUCUUGCCCCGACUGGGUUGCACCUAGGUGGAUCAAAGUACAUGGUUAUUCAGGGAGAAUCUGGAGCUGUUAUCCGUGGAAAGAAGGGCACUUCUGGGAUAACUGUAAAGAAAACAACCCAAGCACUGAUUUUUGGUUUAUAUGAUGAACCCAUGACUCCAGGACAGUGCAACGUGAUUGUUGAGAAGUUGGGAGAUUACCUGAUUGAUCAAGGCCUCUAAGUUCUUCUUCUAUUCUAUACAUAAUUGGGAUUUUGAACUGGUGUCCUGCUUUUAUGGCUGUGAACUGUUUCCUUAGAGAAAAUAACAGUGUGAAGAAUCAGGAUGAAAAAGCAAGAGUGUGGUGAUUUUGGUCGAUGAUUUCUACCCAUUCUAUGUAUUCUUGGCUUCUUUUUUUCCCCUUCUUUUUGUGUAUUUAUGAAUACACGGCUUCAAAUAUGAAUUUAUGAAAGCAUUACACGUAUGAGAUUGUACUUAUAUAUUGUUAUUUUGGUUUUUAAUAUAAGUAUUAAAAAGUUGUGAUGAGUA